AUGCUUUUGGUGAUAAUAGCUGGCUUCACGGUAAGUUGCCUCUUGCACCUCUUCACGAAACUACUCACCAAGAAUUCCUCAUCAAUAUUUGGCUUCUUCGUAGAAUUUGCUGUGGCAGGGUAUUUUAAAAACUCUAACUUCGAUCCAAAAGAGCCAUUCUGUUCACGAAUACUUGUUUGCGCAUGGCUGCUGUUCAUUUUCACAUUGACGGAGUACUAUGGGGCAAGACUUCGUAGCGUUUUAUCGUUAACGCAGUACCGUGGAGCCCUCUUCACAAACUUGGAUGAAGCCAUGGACGCGAUGGAAUACCAUGGAUGGAAAAUGGUAUUUGAAGACAAAGAUUAUUCCCCUCUUCUCUACUGUUACGGUGCUCAAUGUGCGAGGAUGCGAGAGCUUCAGAAAAGAUCGCUCUUACUGUAUGUCAAAAACGUGUCGCUAGAAGAAGUAUCUGAAACUGACCAUCACUUUGGAUUUGGAGGGAAAUCUUCUGAUCGAGUUCCGCAUAAGGAGACUGUGCUUGAUGAUUCCAAGCGUAUUCUUUUUGUGAGAGAUCGACUCAUAACACCUAUGCACCAGUCGUACGCUGUCAGCAAGUAA